AUGGAAAACAGCGAUCCCUUCACCGUCGACCCCAGUGGUCAGUCGAAGCACGACCUCGAUUCCAUCUGGUUGAUGGCCAAGGCCACUUUUGCAUCCAACAACAACCAGAUCACCAUUCCAACUGUCGUGGCUGAAGAACUCUCUGGAAAAGACCUACAGGAGUUGAAGAAACGCUUCAGUGCUCACUUCGGAAAUGUCGACACCAUUGUUUUCAUCGACGAUACUGCCAAAGUUUUCCGUAUCUGCAGUGUCUCUGAUGUCGCAAUGAGUACUCCACCAGCUGGUGCACCUGCGUCACUCGAAUCGGUCUCAAGCUCCACUCGUCAACCUGGCUCUGCGCAAGUUGACCACACCAAAACAUCAGCAAUCGCUCCCAAACUUCGGCUUCCACGCAGAAAUGCACGAGUUCCUCGUCCACCGAACGCCUUCAUACUGUAUCGCAAGAAGCAUCACGCUCUUCUCAAGGCUGUACAACCAGACCUACCAAACAAUGACAUCUCUAUCAUCCUGGGCAAACAAUGGAAGCAGGAGAGUGAGGGAGUCAAGAAUUACUUCAAGACUAUGGCUGAGAUCAUCAAGGUCCAGCAUGCGAAAGCAAAUCCUGGUUACCAGUACACACCUCGCAAGCCUUCGGAGAAGAAGCGUCGCAUGACCGCUCGGAAGCGUGCUCGUCUCAAUGCAGCAAACACCGACUCUGAUUCUGUUUCUAUCUCCGAUCAUGAGAUGACAGAUGUUCCUGACAGCCCCGAAAACGGCGUCUCUGCUACUGAGCCAACUGUCGUUCUCAACUUUCUGACCGACGAAACUGACAACCUUCAUGCGCCUGUCACUCACGACCAGUCUGCUGAGUCCAGUCAGUACAAUUCGCUCGGCUUGGUGGAACAUGACGAGUACUCUGACGACAUGACACUCAAGGUUCCCAGUGGUCACAAAUUUGCUGAGAUGGACUACGACUCCCUCAUUCACAGUCUUUACAAAUCUAUGAAGAGCAUGGAGCGAGGUGGUUUGAGGCAUGAAAUCACCUGCUCGACCCCUGACGAGGCUUCCUACGUCAUCCGUGAUGCGAACACUGUCGUUGACUGGGCAGGCUUCGAAGCUGACCGCAAGCUUAUCGAAGACACCAUCGCAGCAAAUGCCGAUGAGUCGGCUGAGCGACUCGGAACUGAGACGUUUGCGAAUGCAGCCGAACAUGAGGCGUUCAAGGAAGAAUUUGACCAGCUUCUCUGGAUGUGGGAAUAA